AUGUUCAAGGCCGCCAUCCUCGGCGCCCUCCUCGCCGCUGCCGGCGUCAGCGCCGUCGACAACCAGGGCGAGGUCUCGUUCGUCCUCGGCGACACGAGCACGCUGCUUUACUCGCGCAUGGACCCUCUUGUCAACCCCGGAGAGGUUUCUGGUCACAUGCACCAGAUCCUCGGCGCGUCCAACUUCCGUGACGUCCUCAGCACUCCGGACGAGAUGCAGCGCGCUCACUGCUCUUCGACCAAGGUCCAGGCCGACAAGUCCAACUACUGGACUCCCACUCUCUACUUCAUGUGGCCUAACGGAACCUACACCCCUCUUACUUCGGGUACCCGUAUCUACUACGACCUGCGUCCCUCCGACGGUGGACAGAAGGUGACUCCCUUCCCCAAGGGACUCCGCAUGCUCUCCGGUCUCGCCAUGUUCCGUGACGAGGGUGCUGAGCAGUCGCAGGGUGUUCGUAUCUCGUACAACCGUGACCCGAACCCGACCCCCAAGUUCAUGCCCCGCAAGUACGCCAAGGCGCCCAACCAGGUCAUCAUGUCGAUCUUCUUCCCCCGUUGCGGUCUCCCUGAUCAGCGCCUCGACUCGGAGGACCACUUUUCGCACAUGGCCCACCCCGUCUCCGGCAACCUGAACGAGUACAACGUCGCGUCCGACAAGUGCCCCGACACGCACCCUAUCAUGUACCCGAAGGUGCUCAUCGAGACCCUGUUCGAACUCACGGACGAGAUGAAGAAGCAGUGGAACCCGAACGACUCCAACUUCAUCCUGUCCAACGGCGACGUCACUGGUGUCACGUACCACGGCGACUUUAUCAACGGUUGGGACACUGAUGUUCUCCAGGCCGUCAUUGACCAGGACUGCCGCGUCGGCGACAGCCUGGAGAAGUGCCACGCCUUCGACGGCCUGCUCGACAAGGACACGCGCUUCCAGUGCCGCUACCAGGGCCAGAUCCUCGACGAGGACAUUGGAUUCCUCAAGCCCCUCUCGUCUCUCCCCGGCUGCAACCCCAAGUGGAACUGGGAGGACGGACCGGCCAAGCCGACCAACUGCCCCGAGAACAAGCCCAAGCCCGGCUACGUCAACCCUCAGUACCAGCUCAACUUCUUCUACCGCCAGCACAUCCCCAUCUCGAUGCAGGGCUCGGGUGUGGACCCGACCACGAUCGGCCUCGGUGACUGUGCCAGUGCCUCGCGCGGUUACGGCUGCAACGUCACGCCCUGGGGCACCAUGGAUAUCCAGAACAGCAACGAGAUCAAGCCCGUCGACCAGCCGAUGCAGAUCAACGCUCCCGCCAGCGCCGAGAUGCCCGCCGACCUGCCGAUGGAGCUGGGAACCGCCGAGCACCCGACCGUGAACGGCAUGUUUGACACGACCGAGUUCCGCGGGCUGACCGCCGACCGUCCCGUCGACCUGGCGCAGGCGACCAAGGGCGCCGGCGAUGGACACUACGAAGCUGAGAACGCCUGCGAGCGCCAGGCCAAGCUCCUCCUCCCCUGUGGCCAGUUCCAGCGCAAGGUUGGCAUCUUUGGAAACUCGACCGAGUUCCGUACCGGUGGCGGUGAGGACAAGCCGGUCGACACCGGCGCCAAGGCCAAGGCUGCUACCUCCUCUGCUGCCUCUGGCUUCAACGCUCUCCCCACCGGCAACACGGCCGACUCGCCCGCCUCGACCGAGCCCAACCUCGGCAACAACUUCAUCGCCGACAACGACGCGACGCUCUACAAUGCCGACGCUCCCAUGGACCUCGAGCCGGACGCGCCUGACUCUUCCGCUUCCGUCUCGGGCUCUGCCUCUGCUUCGGGCUCUGUUUCUCCUUCUGCCUCUGCCUCUGCCUCUGCCUCUGGCUCCGCCGCUGCCUCCGCUUCGGGCUCCGCCGCCUCUGGCUCCGCUUCAGUCUCAUCCGUCGCUCCCUCUGGUUCCGCCUCGGCUGCCCCCUCUGCCUCGGGCAGCUCGGCCAGCAGCGCUAUUAACUCCAGCGAGCCCACCGCCUCUUCCGCGGCCAGCUCGGCCGUCUACUCUGGCGGGCCCACUUCUGCUUCUUCUGCUUCCGCCGCGCCCCAGAAGACGGGCAAGAAGGGCAAGAAGUGCCGCGCCGGCGCCAAGAAGCACCGCCGCUCCCGCCUGCGUCUUGCUUCGCACUAA